CCUUCAACUCGAUCCACACCCCCUCUCUCACAACUCUAAGCUUCUCUGGAAACCUCUGUUAACAGUUUUACCGUGCAAAUCGAAAAAAAAAACCUACUGCGUUCUGUGUUCCUGCGCCUGUUCAUGUUUUUAUUUGUGAUUUCUGUGUCCAAAUUCGGCCGUUUUAGUUUCUGGAUCGAGAAGAAGAAGAUUGGUUUCUGUUAAUAUCUGUGGGUUCGGCGAUGUUCGAGUCGGAUUGCGAAGGUGCUGUGGUACUGGAUUUUGGCAAAGAGAUUUGGUACGUCUUCUUCAGAAAUGUUUGAGUGGAACGAGGAAGAGCUUGCAGACAUAAUAUGGGGUGACGCCAGUGAGGAUGGUAACCAAAUUGUGCCCUACCCCAAGGAAAGUGAAGAGAAAUCAGUGGUUACGUUUGGAGAUGACAAUAAACAACAGAAUGAGGAUUAUAGCACUAUUAAGCCUGCAGAGCAAAACAUAUCAGAAAAUAAAAAUGUUGUUCCUGACUCUAAGCAGGGAAGCAGUUCUGACUUUGAGAAAAGUGGCCUAUCAGCUCCUGGGUUGGACAUUGAUUCUUGGCCUGAUUUACCUUUAUCAAUUGGUGUGUGCAAUAAAGCGUAUUCAGGCAUAGAUGCUCAGGAGUCAAUCGGUGAAAUUACAAAUAAUUCAGAAAGAGCUGAUGCAUCUCAGGUUGAUAAUGAACCCGAACUGUUUGGGACUAAUGAAGAUAAAGAGAAGAAUAGCUUUCUUGGUUAUGGUUGGGAUAACAUUGGCAGCUUCGAUGAUCUUGAUAGAAUCUUUAGAAACGAUGACUCAAUAUUUGGCCGUGGAAGUCUUGUUAAUGCAGAUGAGCUGUGGCCAUCUUCUACAGAUGUAAUUAGCAGCCCAGGAAAAUCUUUUCCCCUCUCUGCAGGAUCCCCAAGUUCAGGGUUGGGAGCAUCGAGGAACACGCCAGAACAGUAUGGAAUUAAUAUAGAAGUUUUGCCACACAUUAGUGAGUCUCUUACCCAUGGAAAUGAGAAGAUAAAUGAUCCUGUGGCCUGUGGUUUACAAAAUGUACAUCCAAGUGAGGAUGGCAUUCCUGAGAAACAGCACAGCUCAUCUGCUGAUGCAAUAGUUGAAUCUGCUGGAGGAAAAAGGAAACUUUCAUUGAAGGAGAAGACAACUCCUGUAGCAACUGGGGAAACAGCAGCAUCUAGCUCUCAGCUUGCUAGUGAAAAUAGUGCAGCGCAGAAUGAUUGUGCAGACAAGGCAAAUAGGCAAAAGAGACUUUUGAAAUGUCGGGUAAAGUCAGAAGAAACAAAUGGAGGAUUGACACAAGAUUUGUACAGUGCCUGGUCUCCUUCCUCAAAUCAGUAUCCGCAAUUUGGAAACCCAUUUGCAACCUCUUCUAUACAAACAAUUCCAUCUUCAGUUCUCAGUCCACAACACCUGCUUGGAGAGCCCGAGUCUUUGAGAUACAUGCACAACUCCAAUUCUUGUUUUGCCCCUGGGUACGGAUAUUCUGCACAGUAUUAUCCUGUAAUGCCAUUGUCACAGCAAGUUCACACUGAAGGAGAUAAGCACCAACCAGUCCUUGUCAGCUAUGAAUAUUCUCCCAGAGCAUCUAAGCAAGGAAAUUCUUUAAAGAAGUCAGUAGAUGUCACUGCCAAUACUUCAACCAUGACACCUCAGGAAAAAAUUGAGAAGUUAAGACGACGGCAGCAGAUGCAAGCAAUGCUUGCCAUUCAGAAACAACAGCAGCAGAUUAGUCAUCAGGUCAGUUGUACCAACCACUCAAUUGCCCAAUCUUGCCUACAAGAGGAACAAAGCGAAGAUUCGGUGGCAACUAACAUUGUUGAUGAAAACAUAAAAAAUUCUUUGUCCCUGGAACCAAGUUCACCUGUAGAACAAGAUGAUUCCAAUACAGUCCCUAUGAUAAUUAAUGAGUGUUCACUGGAGGAAACAAUACUUGAGCAAUUUCAAGAUGUUAUUGGAAAGUUGGAUAUUAGAAUAAGGCUUUGUAUUCGGGAUAGUUUGUCCCGUUUAGCUCAAAGUGCAACACAAAGGCAUGGUGCUAGUGAUACAAGCAGUACCAACAAAAGCAGCAAUGAUGAAAAUGAGGUUACUGAAAAAGAAGAAAUAAACAACCAGAGCAGGCCUACAAGAGUAGCAGAUGCAGAAACAGAGACGAACCCCAUAGACAGAACUGUUGCUCAUUUGCUAUUUCACAGGCCCUUGGAAAUACCUGCAAAGCAUGCCCAGGAUGGUGAAGUGCUUAAAUCACCCGUUUCUACUAAGCUUCCAUCUGGACCAAAAAUAGAUGAUCUAGUGAACCUGCCCGUGGGAUCCCUAUCAGAGAGUUCAACAGAAAAACUAAGUAUCUCUCACCAAGGACCUAAUUCAUCUUGUGCAUUGGCUAAGCCCCAGCGUGGGGAUCAAUUUAUAAGCAGGCCCUGCAUGAACACUCCCGAGAUUGCACCCAGCAGUGAACCAGAAAGUGGUAAAGCUUUGGAGGCUGAAGCCUCAAAAGAAGGAAAAUGAACUGAUCUAUGGCGAACUGUAUCUUGGUAGAUUAUGGAUUUUGGAGGCGCAAACAUUACCUACCUCAACAAGGGAAGCGUUCAACUUUAUGCAUGCAGGAAAUGAUUCCUUGGCAUGUAUUUCUUAUGCAUAAUAUCUAUCCGCAUCUAUGUCUGUUGUCUUCUAUCCAAAAGAUUGGCAUGUAUGUGUGUGAAAAUAACUCUGUUGCUGAUUACACUUGUAGUGAAUUCAAUAUUUAGUAUAUCCAAGGAUGUAAACAGGGGAGAACAUCAACUUAAUAAGGAUUUAGUGUGUUUUGUGUAAUAGUAUGAGCGACUUUUUGGACUAAGCUUUUGUCUGUAUGCAAGCUGAUUAUGCAAUGCAUCUAAUCAAAAUAGUUCUCUUA